UAGAUCGGUUAUCAACGAAGACCUGCUAAUUAACUCAAAGUCACAGUCAAAUCGAAACCGCUAAGCAAGAAACAGCAUUCAGAUUCAAACCAUGGGCGGUUGACUAGUGUUAGUUGAAAUUAGAAUUUGUUGAAACGGUCGGUCACACAGACAGCAUAUAUAUCUUAUUAGUCGCCUGUCGGAUCGACUGGAUCUUGAUUCAAUGGGUGGUUUUUCUUCCAUGCGAAUCGUCGUUGCUUUACUUACACUUGUCACCAUCGGAAUGAUUUUCGGAGCUUUGCUUCAGUUGGCAUUUAUUCGCAAUUUGGAAGAUUCUUCUUCUUCUUCUUAUGGCUCUGCAUUUCCUUCGUUUAGACGAACACUUGUGGGUCAAAAUAAUGACUUCCCCUCAGUUGUAUCUAGUUGGGGGAAUGACAAAGACGCUGCAAUUUUACGCGUUGGCUAUGUUAAACCUGAAAUAAUUAGCUGGUCUCCACGAAUCAUUGUGUUUCAUAACUUUUUGAGCUCAGAGGAAUGUGAUUAUCUUAGAGCACUAGCCAAGCCCCGUCUUCAAGUGUCUACCGUCGUGGAUGCAAAAACUGGAAAGGGAAUUAAGAGUAACGUCCGGACAAGCUCAGGCAUGUUUUUAAACCAUGAAGAAAGGAAAUAUCCAAUGAUACAUGCAAUUGAAAAACGGAUUUCUACGUAUUCUCAAAUUCCAGUUGAAAAUGGAGAGCUCAUUCAAGUGUUAAGGUAUGAACCAAAUCAGUUUUACAGACCCCAUCAUGACUACUUCUCUGAUACGUUCAACUUGAAGCGGGGCGGUCAAAGAGUAGCCACAAUGCUGAUGUAUCUGACUGAUAACGUUGAAGGGGGAGAAACGUUUUUUCCUAUGGCUGGUUCACGUGAAUGCAGCUGUGGUGGAAAAAUGGUGAAGGGACUUUGUGUUAAACCGAAUAAAGGAGAUGCAGUGCUUUUCUGGAGCAUGGGGCUUAAUGGAGAAUCAGACCCUGACAGUAUACAUGGAGGUUGCGAGGUCCUCUCAGGAGAAAAGUGGUCUGCUACGAAAUGGAUGAGACAGAGAGCUACUUCUUGAAAUUUGCUGGAUCUAUUCACAAGUAUAGUGUCAAUUGUUUAGUUAUUAAUUAAUAUAUAUACAAGUAGCAGAUACUUUGUAUCAUUUUUGGUGAGAAAUUCAAACCUAGCUAUAUCAAGUCUUUUAACA